AUGGGCUCACCAGGACCACAGGGACCUCCCGGUUUGCAAGGUAUUCGUGGCUUUCCUGGACCUGAAGGGCUAGCAGGACCUAAAGGUCAAAAAGGUGCACAGGGACCACCUGGAGCAGGUGGCCCAAAAGGAGAUCGAGGGCCGAUUGGUGUGCCUGGAUUCCCCGGCAAUGACGGUGCCAAUGGACGACCAGGAGAACCUGGCCCACCUGGAGCGCCCGGAUGGGAUGGAUGUAAUGGAACGGAUGGUGCUCCUGGAAUACCUGGGCGGCCAGGGCCACCAGGUAUGCCUGGGUUUCCAGGUCCUCCUGGAAUAGCUGGCGCUAAAGGAGAACCUGCAAUAGGAUAUGACGGUGCUCCAGGAGAGAAGGGAGAUGGUGGUAUACCUGGCAUGCCAGGACUACCAGGACCACCCGGCAGAGACGGAUAUCCAGGAGAGAAAGGAGAUAGAGGGGAUAUUGGACCUGUUGGACCACGAGGCCCACCCGGAGAAGCUGGGAUUCCGGGUAAUCCCGGCAUCGGUAGCAUCGGACCUAAGGGAGAUCCGGGUGAUAUAGGACAUCAGGGCCCGCCUGGUCCUCCAGGGCCUCGUGAAUUCACAGGCAGUGGCUCUAUUGGUGACGUAGGUGCACAAGGUCCGCGUGGGCCUCCCGGACCCAUCGCGUCCACCAUGGCAAAGGGAACGAUAGUUGGUCCCAAGGGAGAUGGAGAGCCUGGUGAGGCUGGUCCUCGCGGUUACCCCGGAAUCGCAGGAAUACCUGGUCAGCCUGGUCUGCCCGGAAUGAAAGGAGAAAAGGGACUGUCUGGACCAGCUGGACCAAGGGGGAAGGAGGGCCGACCUGGAAAUCCGGGCCCACCUGGGUUUAAAGGAGAUCGCGGUCUCGAUGGAGUGCCGGGAUUCCCUGGUAUGCCAGGACAGAAAGGUGAAGCAGGAUACUCAGGAAGAGACGGACCGAAAGGAAAUACCGGGCCACCCGGUCCCCCGGGAGGCGGCUCUUUCACUGAUGGGCCGCCAGGGCCACCUGGUUUGCCCGGUCGACCUGGAAACCCUGGGCCUCCUGGCACAGACGGAUUUCCUGGUCAGCCUGGACCUGCCGGCCCACCUGGACAACCUGGCGGACCUGGAGCUCCCGGCUUACCUGGGCUUGAAGGCCUUCCUGGCCCAAAAGGUGACAAAGGAGAUAGCGGUAUCCCAGGCGCACCUGGUGUCACUGGUUCUCCGGGACAGUUCGGUCCACCUGGACCUAAGGGAGAACCAGGUGCUCGUGGAAUUCCCGGACAGAGCAUCCCAGGGUUACCCGGGAAGGAUGGUCGACCAGGUUUCGAUGGCGCAUCCGGUAGAAAAGGAGAACAAGGUCUUCCCGGCGUUCGAGGGCCACCAGGAGAUUCCUUGCAUGGACUUCCCGGGCCUCCAGGCGCUCGAGGACCCGUGGGGCCUAAAGGAUACGAUGGAAGGGAUGGAGUUCCUGGUCUGCCUGGUGUCACUGGUCCAAAAGGAGAUCGUGGUGGUGCAUGCUCUAUAUGCGCACCUGGAAUGAAAGGAGAAAAAGGGAACUCUGGUUAUCCCGGACAACCUGGACCUCAAGGAGAUCGAGGCCUUCCCGGCAUGCCCGGACCUAAUGGCGAUCCUGGAGAUGAUGGAAUACCUGGACCUCCAGGACGACCCGGCGCUCCUGGGCCUCCAGGACUUGACGGUGUUCCUGGAGUACCUGGACAAAAAGGUGAACCGACUCAGCUCACACUCAGACCUGGACCGCCUGGUUAUCCUGGUAUGAAAGGAGAGACAGGAUACCCCGGACAACCGGGACAGGACGGAUUGCCAGGAUCUCCCGGACUGGUGGGAGCUCCCGGUCAAAACGGGAUCCCAGGAGAAAAGGGUGAACCAGGACUGCCUGGUAUCCCAGGGAAGCCCGGAAAGGACGGGUUACCAGGGCUACCUGGGCUUAAAGGAGAGCCUGGAUAUGGUUUCCCCGGUCAACCUGGCAUUCCUGGACAGAAAGGAGAGCCUGGACCGAUCGGCCCUGCUGGUCUUCCUGGAAUUCAAGGUCCACCCGGUCUUGCUGCCCCUAAAAGCAUGAUAAAGGAUGGCACUCCUGGCCAGCCUGGCAUGCCCGGGCUACCAGGGCUCAAAGGUGAUGCUGGAUCACCUGGAAGACCUGGAGAUGUCGGAUCUCCUGGGCUACCUGGUGUUAAUGGGCGGAAGGGAGAAAGUGGACUCCCAGGCCCACCUGGGCAGCCCGGAGUACCAGGAGUACCUGGAGAAAAAGGAUUCCCAGGUCUCAAUGGGCUUCCCGGCGUACCUGGGCCAAAAGGCGAACCAGGUUCUUCUGGUUUGCCUGGAAUGCCUGGUCAAAAAGGAGAGCACGGAGCAUCGGUGAGCGGUCCUCCCGGACUACCUGGGUUUCCUGGACUCAAAGGAGACGCUGGGCUACCUGGAACUCCUGGAUUUGCUGGCCUAGAGGGGCAGCGAGGGCUGCCUGGCGUUCCUGGACUGAAGGGCGAUACAGGAUCGACUGGACAGCCUGGACAACCUGGAUACCCUGGAGCUAAAGGAGAACCUGGACUCCCUGGAAGCGCAGAUGCAGGAUUGCAAAGCAACUGCUUUUCCUCUGGCGAUGUUUCUGAGCUGACAUACACUGUAGCAGCCAGCGAGAAAAAAAUCAUUCUAUUGUUCAGUUGUGCCCAGGCACAGAUGAACAAACAAAAUUUCCAUGGCUUCCAAAAGAAAUAUUCAGGAAAGGAAGGUCUACCUGGAAUGUCUGGAAUGGACGGCUUGCCCGGCCUACCAGGUCAGAAAGGAGAAGAAGGUCUUCCUGGAAUCGCCGGAGCCGAAGGACAAAAAGGAGAUACUGGAUUAUCAGGGGCACCUGGACAGCCAGGAUUAGCUGGCCCUCCAGGCUACCCUGGUCAAAAAGGAAUGAAUGGAAUACCCGGAGUACCAGGAAGCAAAGGAGAUUCUGGAUUACCUGGGUUACCCGGGCCACAUGGAGCAAAGGGUAACGCUGGCUUACCAGGUGUACCUGGAUUGCCUGGUAUGAAAGGUAGUGCCGGAUCGCCAGGAGCACCUGGAAAAGAUGGAUAUCCUGGUUCUCCUGGUAUUAAAGGUGACCGUGGUUUCAAUGGUAUACCUGGAGAAAAGGGUGAACCUGGGCCUGCAGCUCGUGAUGGACCAAAAGGAGAUCAAGGACUACCCGGACAGCCAGGACUCAGAGGACCACAAGGUUCUCCUGGCCUCCCAGGCCUCCCUGGAAUAAAAGGAGAAUCAGGACUGCCAGGGUAUGGCCAACCAGGUUCAAUUGGCGAGAAAGGACUUGCUGGUGUUUCUGGAAAAAUGGGCCGACCUGGAGCACAAGGACCCCCAGGUCAGGACGGUCUUCCAGGAUUUCCAGGUCUCAAAGGUGAACCGGGAUAUCCCGGUCACCACGGAGCUUCUGGCAAGGACGGUAUGCCAGGCCUCCCAGGGAUCAAAGGAGAUAUAGGUGUUCCUGGAGAGCCCGGGAAGGCAGGCUCACCAGGUCAGCCAGGAGCAACGGGAGCUCCUGGAAUAAGAGGUGAUAAAGGCCAAGCUGGUUUGCCUGGACUUCCAGGUGAUCGCGGUCUUGAUGGUGUACCUGGCUCAAAAGGAAACAAUGGUUAUCCUGGACAGCCUGGUCUCCAAGGAGUUGUUGGGAUGAAGGGAAAUACGGGAGCACCAGGGUUCCCAGGUCUUAAAGGAAACUCGGGGAAUCCCGGUCAAGACGGGCUUCCUGGACUUCCAGGAAUGAAGGGUGAGACUGGUUUCCCGGGGCAACCGGGCCGCGACGGAGUGGAUGGUGUUCCAGGAGAAAAAGGACUCAGUGGAUUACCAGGCCUACCUGGACCGCCAGGACAGUCGCUCGGCGGAUCUCAAGGACCUCCAGGAAAACCAGGAUUGCCUGGAAAAGAUGGCCUUCCCGGUUUACCCGGCCCUAAGGGCGAUUCUGGUCAACCUGGCUACCCUGGUGCACCAGGACUGAAGGGAGAAAGUGGCUUGGCUGGUUUCCCAGGCCAAAAAGGAGAACCAGGAAAAUCAGGAUUCCCAGGAAAACGAGGCAGUGACGGAUAUCCUGGAGCCCCAGGAAAAGAUGGUUUACCCGGGCUCCCUGGUAGCAAAGGAGAAAUGGGGUUACUUGGCCCUCCUGGUCCACCUGGAACUCCUGGACUGCCUGGCGUGAAGGGUGACGCUGGCCUCCCUGGAUUUCCGGGGCAAAAAGGCGAAAAUGGUUUGCCUGGUCUUCCUGGUCAACCUGGCUCACCUGGAACGAAGGGUGAUACUGGUUUCCCUGGACAACCUGGUCGCGAGGGACAACCUGGGAUGGAUGGACCACAAGGGCCACCUGGAGUCCCUGGACCGAGCAGUGUCACGAUUCCUGGACAAAAGGGAGAACCUGGGCUUCCAGGAGUCCCGGGAAUGCGGGGAGAGAAAGGCCUACCUGGCCUUGACGGACCACCUGGAGUAGACGGCCCACCUGGAACUGUUGGGUCACGUGGGAGUGAUGGUUUCCCCGGUCAGCCUGGUUUACCAGGUGAGAAAGGCGUUGCGGGUCUUCCUGGAAUUCCCGGCCUUGAUGGAGCUCCUGGAGGACCAGGUGCUCCUGGAUAUCCUGGGGCACCAGGACCUGCUGGUCCGGCGUAUAAAGAUGGCUUCCUACUUGUGAAACACUCACAGACAACUGACAUCCCUCGCUGUCCUGAAGGUCAGACCAAAUUGUGGGACGGUUAUUCGCUGUUGUACAUUGAAGGAAAUGAGAAAUCGCACAACCAGGACCUCGGUCAUGCCGGCUCGUGUCUGCAGCGUUUUUCUACGAUGCCUUUCUUGUUUUGCGAUUUUAAUAAUGUAUGCAAUUAUGCGUCACGAAAUGACAAAUCAUACUGGCUUUCAACUACUGCACCGAUUCCGAUGAUGCCUGUUAGUGAGGGAGAAAUCGAACGUUACAUCUCAAGGUGCUCAGUUUGUGAGGCGCCCGCGAAUGUUAUCGCUGUUCAUUCUCAAACAAUCCAAAUUCCAAAUUGCCCUAGCGGAUGGAAUAGUUUAUGGAUUGGAUACUCAUUUGCCAUGCAUACAGGAGCUGGGGCUGAAGGAGGAGGGCAAUCUCUCAGCUCUCCUGGAUCUUGUUUGGAAGAUUUCCGAGCGACACCAUUUAUUGAGUGUAACGGAGCCCGGGGCACAUGUCAUUACUUUGCGAAUAAAUUCUCCUUUUGGCUCGCUACGAUCGAUAACGAUCAAGAAUUCAAGAUUCCUGAAAGUCAAACGCUCAAGUCCGGAAGUUUACGAACGCGUGUUUCACGGUGUCAAGUAUGCCUCAAGUCAACAGAAGAUCGCCCCUGA